AUGGGAUCUGAGCAUGAGGUCAAACUGCAGGGAGGUGAAGAACAGGAUCGACGGGAUCAGCAGCUUUCAGUUGAGAUUCCUCUGGCCAGGAAGAUGUGCUAUGCUGUGGGUGGGGUCCCAUAUCAGAUUACCACAGUAGCUAUGGGUGUUUCCCUGCAGAUUUUUCUUCUGGAUGUUGUGCAGAUGGAGGCCUCCUAUGUGUCCAUGAUUUUAUUUGUGAGUCGGGCUUGGGAUGCUGUGACGGACCCUCUGGUUGGAUAUCUGGUGGGCCGCAGUAACUGGACACCCAUCGGCAAACUCACUCCAUGGCUGGUGCUUUCCACUCCGUUUGGCGUCCUGUCCUAUCUGCUGCUGUGGUUUGUGCCGAGGGGCUCGAUGUCUGCGGCUGGCAGCGUGCUGUGGUUCCUCACAGCAACCUGCCUGUUCGAGACCCUCAUGAGUUGCUACAACGUUCCCUACCUCUCCCUCAACAUGUUCCUGGGGGGAGAUCACAGAGACAGAGACUCUGCCACAGCCUACAGAAUGAGCGUGGAGAUGGUGGCGAUGCUGCUGGCUUCUGUAAUUCAGGGUCAAGUUGUAGCUGUGUACAACACAGAAAAGGAGGAGGCCUGUCAGCACGUGGACCACGAAACACCUCAGAGCACAUCUUCACCACAGAACGCGUCCCUUCAGGAAACGCAAAAGGCUUUCCUGACCUCAGCUCUGGUCAUGGGUGCCGUGUUUUUCCUCUGCAGCCUGGUUCUCUUCCUCGGGGUGACGGAGCAGCGGGCUCCUCUCUGCUCUGAUGACAAGGUGCGACCGUCUUACCUGACCUCUUUGAGGAUGCUGAUGUGCCACAUUCCUUACCAACGCCUGGUGCUUGGCUUUGUGUUCAGCAUACUUGCAUUUCAGAUGUCCUUGGGUAAUUUUGCACUCUUUUGCAGUCAUGCAGCUGGGCUGGGAGCCCAGUUCCAGCACCUCCUGCUGGCUCUACUGGGUUCAGCCUCAGUAGCAGUUCCUCUGUGGCAAACAGUUCUUCUGAGAGUCGGAAAAAAGGCCACAGUUUUCAUCGGGCUUUCACUCUACAUCCCAGCAGUGAUUAUAGUCGCCUGUGUUCCCAGUAACCUGCCAGUCUUCAUGACUAUGUGCAUUUUGAUGGGCUUCAGCGGGGCGACCAUAUUCUUGCUACCCUGGUCUAUGCUCCCAGAUGUGGUGGACGACUUUGCCAGGAGACAUCCGUCCUGCAAAGACCUGGAGCCUCUGUUUUUCUCCUGCUACGCCUUCUGCAGUAAGCUGGCAGGAGGCCUGUCAGUUGGGAUCUCAACCAUGGCGCUACAGUUUGUGGGCUACAGAGCGGGUGCAUGUAACCAUGGUGACGGAGUGGUGACGGCUCUGAUCGUGCUGUUCUCGCCAGUUCCCAUCGCACUUUUGCUGAUAGGGAUGGCCUUUUUUCGCUCCUACCCAAUCAACGAGAGGCAAUCUGUGCAGCUCCAGGAGCAGCUGACCACAGUUCACCCAGGAGCUACAUCAUCCUCAUCAAACCAAGGAGAAAACUCAGAGAGGCCUCAGCCCUGCGAUGGUGUGACAUCAGCUUCACAUUAUAACACAAAGACCAACAAGUUGUACAAGUCAGAUUCCUCACCAGGUUGUUACAGUCAUGAAAACAAAUGCUCAGUCCAGUCUGUCCAUACAAAUGUAUCUAAGAGCCCCUCUGGAGCAUACAGCAGACCUGAAUCAGCUGUUCCUUCAAAUGUAAAUCUAAAGCGUCACAAGCGGAGACUCAGCCCGUACCAGCACUCAGGAGACGAUAACCAGGGCAGGAAGUUUCCCCAGAAUAUUCCUGAGUCUUCCUCUAGCAGCUCAAAUGUGAAAUCCAAAGUGUCAUGGGUGUAG